AUGAGAAGAAUCAGGAGAAACAGCAAGACUCUCCUUCAGGAUCUGUUUUAUAAAGGAGUCCAUGGAGGAGACAGAGAUACUCCUAUCCCAGCUCAGUCUGGUAGAGAUGCUAAAAUGAUUCACUCCAUUGCCAGUCUGAUCAGAGCGAAGAGCAAACUACUCCUCCUCGAGAGUCCCGACACCGUGGAGAUCUACAAGCUGGAUGGUCCAACAGGCCGAUCUAGCAGAGCCAGUAAAGAAGAUGUUUACCUCCCAGCCAUCAAAACGAAGCCUUCCAAUCUUAGUUCAAUGAGGGGGGCUCUGAGUCAGUCCUGCCCUUACCUGUAUGACAAACGAAGAGGAUCAUUCUCCUCAGUUGGCUCGCAAAAACCUGGAGGUCACACUAAAAAACAGAGUAACCUAAAGACGCAAAGAGAGGCAAAGAAAUCCAAUGUCACUGUGACAAUGACCUAUCUAGGACAAGGCCACCGGGGGUCAGGGUUGGGGUCAACUCAAGAUGAACUAAAAGUGUUGCAGCAAGUCAAUGGAGGGGAGAAUAUCUGCGUCUUCAAGGGCUUGGUAACUCCAGGAGAGCAGUUCCAGUUUGUCUCUCAGAGACACAGAGGUUUCCCCUUCAGUGCUACCUUGUAUGUUAACGGAAUCAUGAUGGCCAGAAUCAGCUCCUGCUGUGAAUACCGCUAUGCUCCUGGCUUCCAACAAGGCAAGAAGAGCUGCUUCAGACUGGUGUGGCUGGCUGGUGGCAUACCCUGUUGCAGAUGUACAAGUCUUCGAAACAAAUACAACUCCUGCCAGCAACUGAACAACGGCACAAAGGAGAACUUAAUUCUCCCUCUAGAGCAGCAGAGCCCUGGCAACGGCACUGUAGAAUCAUGUCCAUCAUCCCCUCUGUUUAUCCCCGCCAAACCAGAGAAGAAAUCAGUGAGAAGGACAAGAAAACACACCAAGGAAGGUGGCGGUGGAUCCACAGACAGUGAAGACCCUGCUUUAGCUGGGAUUAAAGAGACCUCCGAGAAGAAGCGACGAAAAGGUCAAACUAAUCAGAAAGGGAGCAAAGGGAAAACAGCCGGAAAUAGCAGAGGGGAAGAGGGACAUGACAGCAAGGGCUCCGAGGUCUCACGGAGGUCAACAGUGACAGAAAAAUGUGAAGGCCAAGAUCCGUCUGCCAGACAGGAGCAGAAACACGAGAAAACAACCAGCAAUGUCUCGGCGCUGCAGGCAGAGAAGCUGCGAUCGAACAAGACAAGCAAAGUUCAUGAUUCAUUGCAGGACGAGGAAGCACUGACUAAGCAGAACAGAGAGAAACAGAAGGACCUGGGAUCAAAUGAGAAAAACAGAGAUGGGGAAAGACUGAAGGACUUCUAUGAAGAAUGUGUGGAAAUGAGCACCGCAUUGGAGCAGAGCCCAAACAAACACAACUGGUUCAAGGCAAACAUACUGGAGAGAUGCCGGCUCCAGAAGAGGCUGUCAUCAUGCACCAAAGCUCUAGGCUCAGAUGUGGAGCUCAGUGCAGAAAGUGACACUGUCCUGCAGCCUGAUGGAGAGCCAGAAGAAGAAGAGGACAAGACCAGCCAGAGCGCUGGCAAAGAAGAGCCUGUUAAAGAACAAGACCUGCAGGCGCAGCUGGAUGCCAUGAUGACAGUCCUGAGCACAUCCGAUGAAGUGGAGCAGCUGGUUUUGAGGAACACGGGCCUGACAGAUGACCUUCUGCUGAGCCUGGCGGGGGCCCUGAAGAGCAGCUUGUCGGAGGUCACGCUGCUCAACCUCAACCUCAACCUCAUUGGCCCAUAUGGUGCUCACAUCCUGCUGGACGUUCUGAGAGUGAAGCCUCAGAUCAAAAGUUUACACUUGUUUGGAAACAAACUGCGUGACCACGGAGUGCUGACCUUGUUGAAUGGAAUAGCCGAAUUACAGGAGCAAACAGGAAGAGCUGCUGCCGCCAUACAGCAGACAAUGCUUUUCCCAUCAGAGCAGAACAUGCUAACUAACCUACCAGCUGGGUGGAGAUCUUUCAGGGGUUUUGCACUUUUGGAACUGGAUAUCGGGGGAAACAGCUUGAAUAGCGACGGGGUAAAGGUGUUAGCAUCAUAUAUAAGGCAUCAUUCGUAUCUGCAGUACUUAGGGCUGGCUCAGACAAGCGGUGCUGACCUGGCGGCUUGGAAGGAACUUUUUGACAGCAUCAGAGGAAACAGCUCGCUGACUCAGAUCAUUCUAGAUGAGAACAACUUAGGAGAUCCGGGGGUCAGACUGCUAGCCGACAUGUUGAGAGUGAACAUGAGCGUACGCCAGUUGGAUCUGGACAGGAACGGCAUCAGCGACGUUGGAGGAAAUGACAUCAUGGGGGCACUGCUUUGCAGGACGCAGUUUCCAUUGAGGCAUCUGAGCCUCCAGGAGAACAACAUCAGCACAGGGCUCAUGAGUAGAAUACAGGAGGAGAAAAGAGAUCCAGCUCUGUGCUCCUCCACAGGCCACGAGGACAUUGCCCUUCUUGUCUGUGGACUAAAACUCGUGGUAACAAAAGCUCACAUCCGACGUAGCUCAGACAGGAAAGUUCUGAUUCUUUGGACUAUACUCUGCUGCACCUGCUCUCUUAGACUGGCACAAGCACAAGAUGUGGAUGUUCUGCAGCAGCUCGGGCUUUCUGGGCGGAGAGCAGGCGGGUUGUCGUCUUCAGGUGCUCGAUCCACCCCUAAUGGCAUCAUCCCCUUCAAGUCUGGAGUUAUUCUCACCCCGAGGGCGCGUGUACAGGUGCCUGUGCACACUGUUAUCCCUGCUACUUACAACUCUGCCAAUCUCUCCCUGAUUCUCAGCCUAUCUGUUCAUCGUAUCAACAGCGCUUUUCUUUUCUCAGUUCUGUCUAAGAAAAGGAAAUUGCAGCUUGGAGUGCAGUUUGCACCAGCGAAGAUACUGGUACAUGUGGGGCAGAGGAGCUUUGUUAGUUUUGACUAUGAUGUCCAUGAUGGCCAGUGGCAUAGUUUGGCCUUGGAUAUCCGAGGCCAUCAGGUGUUCUUACAUACGUCUUGUGGAAAGAAAAGUGUACAUGCAGAUUUGCAUUCAAAAAAAGUGGAGGCUCUGGAUCCAGAGGGCUCUUUCCUGCUGGGUAAAAUGAACCACAACUCGGUGCCAUUUGAAGGCGCCAUCUGUCAGUUUGACUUUUAUCCCUCUGCAGAGGCAGCUCAUAAUUAUUGUGAUUACAUUAAGAAACAUUGCAGAGAAGCCGACACAUAUCGGCCCGUGUUUGCACCCCUGCUACCUCUAUUUUCCACAGAUCCAAAUAUUACUGUCACUCAUACAACUCCACUGUCAUUGACGGAGCUAUCCAAAAAGGCUCAGAGUCCCUCUUUGGCCGUGAUUGAGGAAAACACCAGGACUAAGAUUCUUGAUCGCUCAAUGCUGAACAAAACCUUUUUGUUUCAGACUGUGAGCACACCAAAACCCGGUGCUGUGUCUGUUUCUCCACCAGUCUAUCCAGGGUUGGAAAGUCCGGUAAAGUUUCCGACUCAGACUGUCGCUACGUCUCUUUGGAUCAGUGUGACACGACCAACCCAGAAACCAACUUUAAAUGGCAGUGCUGGAAAGGAUGCAAACCUAGGAGAUGAUGACCCUCGGAAACCUUCUGGGAAAAGUAUGGAUUUACCUGCUCCCACUAGACCAUCAGAGAUGAAGCCAAACCUCCGGACCACAGCUGCUUCCACACAGGGGUCUCCUUCAAAAGCCUACCGUCUCUAUAAGAAGCAGUUGACCACAGUAGCUCCAAAGAAACCUGAGCCAAAAUUUACCAGCAUGCAGGAUGUCAAACCCACCUCGUUUAUUCCAGUCACUCCAGCUGCGACAGAUGGCUUCCAAACAUUUGACCUGGAACCGACCCAGUUUUCACUGCUGGCUGGACCACCUGGACUAAAGGGACAACCAGGACCGCCGGGCCUUCAAGGACUUCCAGGGUUGCCAGGAAAGCCAGGGAAGAGGGGCCCGCGGGGUCCUCCUGGCCCACAUGGAAACCCUGGUCGCCCUGGAUUUCCUGGACUGAAGGGGCAAAAAGGAGAUCCUGGAAUGUCACCUGGUCAAUCCCCAAAAGGACAAAAAGGAGAGUCUGGUGUCAUGGGACCCCCUGGAAUGCAUGGCCAAGAUGGACGAAAGGGACAAAAAGGUCAUCCUGGUCCCUCUGGUCUCCCAGGUGAACCUGGUGAACGGGGAGAUGAUGGAAGCCCUGGGGCCAAAGGCUAUCCUGGCAGGCAGGGUUUACCUGGGCCGAUAGGGAAAAUGGGACCAAAAGGAGUCAGGGGCCACAUUGGCAUCCCUGGGCUUUUUGGCUUUCCUGGUCCUGAUGGCGAGAGAGGAAUUCCUGGCGUUCAUGGGAAGAAGGGCAAGAUGGGUAGGCCGGGGUUUCCUGGUGACUUUGGAGAGAGGGGACCUCCUGGCCCUGAUGGGAACCCAGGAGAACUGGGAGCUCCUGGUCCAUGUGGAGUCCCUGGUCUUGUUGGAGACAUGGGUCCUGUUGGCAUCAUGGGCUUAUCAGGACCUCUGGGACUCAAGGGAGUACCAGGAAACCCAGGUGAACCAGGACUGAAAGGUGAUAAGGGGGACGUCGGUUUGCCAGGAGAGCCGGGGGAGUGUGGUUUCCAAGGUGACAAGGGUAUCCGUGGCUCACCUGGGUUACCAGGUCCUCGUGGAAAACCUGGACCACAGGGUAAACCUGGUGAGCAUGGCCCUGAUGGUUUACCUGGUCCUCCUGGCCCAGAGGGCUUUCCAGGUGACAUUGGCCCACCAGGUCAAAAUGGCCCAGAGGGACCUAAGGGGAAGCAAGGGACAAGAGGCUUACCCGGUCCACGAGGAACACCUGGACUUCAGGGUGAUGAGGGACCGAUUGGGCCAGCUGGACCUGCUGGACUCGAGGGCAGGCCUGGGAGGCAGGGAUUCCCUGGACUGACAGGCCCAGACGGACUCAAGGGCGAGACCGGGAUAACUGGAGAGGUCGGAAAGCUUGGCGAGAGGGGGCUGCCUGGUUUCAUCGGGCCUGUUGGAGAGAUGGGCAUUGCUGGAGAAAAGGGGGAUCGGGGAAAAACAGGCGAUCCUGGGCCACCGGGGGAACCGGGGCCGAUGGGUCACACUGGAAUACCUGGAGAGAGGGGUUCACCUGGGACGCAAGGGAUCCCAGGUCCUCUUGGUUCGCGCGGAUCCAACGGCAUCAGAGGUCCCAAAGGCAGGAGGGGACCGAGGGGUCCUGAUGGCCCACUGGGGGAGAAAGGUUCUGCUGGAGUAACGGGUCCUGAUGGUCCACCAGGAAAAUUGGGCCUCCCUGGGGAUAUGGGGAGGCUUGGCGAGCCAGGUGAAGCCGGGCCUAAGGGAUUUCCAGGUGUUCAAGGACCCUCAGGACCUCCAGGAGCCAAAGGAAUUGCAGGAGAGCCAGGACCAACUGGGCCACCAGGAACAAUUGGGCCACUUGGGGAGAUGGGGCUGAGGGGGCUGCCAGGGAAGGAUGGAGAGAGAGGACUGCAUGGUGAACCUGGAGAGAAGGGCAGCGUUGGUCCACCUGGCAACUUCGGAGAACAGGGUUUGAUUGGCCAGAGAGGUGAGAUAGGCAUUGAUGGGGAGGCUGGACCAAGCGGACCUGAUGGAGCCAAGGGUGAAAAGGGGGAUGCUGGUCCAGAGGGCGCUAAAGGAGAGAGGGGUGAAAUUGGCCUGAAAGGAAAGGAAGGACCUCUCGGGCCUCCUGGACUGUCAGGUGUAAGGGGUCAGGAGGGUAAACCUGGCAAAAUUGGUGAGAGAGGAAAACCAGGAGAAAAGGGGAGCAAGGGUCACCAAGGUCACCUGGGUGAGACUGGACCAAUCGGUGAGCCGGGGGAGCCAGGGUUUGUUGGACAGAAGGCUGCAAGAGGAACCAUCGGUCCAGUGGGUGCUCCUGGAAGAAUGGGCCAACAAGGAGAUCCAGGUAUACAAGGUUACGAGGGUCACAUGGGACAGCAGGGCCCACUGGGACCUCCCGGGCCAAAAGGUGAAAAGGGGGAACCGGGAGAGGACAGCAAGGUAGAAGGUCCCUCAGGUCCCCAAGGUGAUAGAGGUCCUCCUGGAGACAGAGGAGAUAGAGGAGAGCCGGGUGACGUCGGACACAUUGGUCAAAUAGGUGUUGAUGGAGGGAGAGGUCAAGCUGGUGCCCCCGGGCUUCCUGGACAUCCUGGGCCAAAGGGACAACCAGGGCUGAAAGGAUCCAAAGGUGACCAAGGUCAGAAAGGAAAAUCAGGAGCGAGAGGCGCAUCUGGAACCAAAGGACCACCAGGUCCAGAGGGUCUGACUGGCCCAAGGGGCGUUGUGGGCAGGGAGGGCCUUGAGGGGCCGCCUGGAAUGGAUGGAAUGCCUGGUAAAGAUGGAGUCAAAGGAGUCCAGGGGGAGCAAGGAGAAGAUGGAGAAAUGGGCUUACAUGGCAGACCUGGGCAGCAGGGUAAAACUGGCGUGACAGGGCUCCCUGGCAGUCAAGGCUAUUUUGGACCAAAGGGUGAAAGGGGUCUCCCAGGCCAAACUGGUCCUACAGGAAAGAGAGGCUACUUUGGUGGGAUGGGAUUGCCAGGAAGACAAGGAGACAUGGGCUCCAAAGGACAACCAGGGGAUUUUGGUGAACAAGGAUUUCCAGGGGUGCUGGGUCUCUUUGGACCAAAGGGACCUCCAGGAGACAUUGGCCCAGCAGGGAUACAGGGACCAAGAGGACCACGUGGUUUGAUGGGGAUGGAGGGAGCUUUGGGUCCCUUUGGCAUCAUUGGCCCCAGCGGUCAUCCUGGACCCCAGGGUGACAAAGGAAGUCGGGGGGAGACGGGGUUGCAGGGACCGAGGGGAUCUCCUGGUCCACGUGGACCACCUGGACCACCAGGUCUUCCUAGUUCUGCCUUUUCACUUAAGAAUGAGGCUCUUGGUGCUGCCUUUCAAGUCAUCAUGGAUUCCCAUGCUGCAUUGAAGCCAGAGAAUUAUCCGAGCAUGGACCUGCCCAUGUUAGACCAAAGCACAGAAAUCUUCAAGACCUUGCAGCAUCUCAGCACGCUCAUCCAGAGUCUAAAGAACCCGCUGGGAACCCGCGACAAUCCUGCAAGAAUCUGCCGAGACCUCUACAACUGUGAACAGAGGAUGUACGAUGGCACUUACUGGAUCGACCCAAACCUCGGCUGUGCUGCUGACACCGUUGAGGUGACGUGCAACUUCACCGGCGGAGGACAGACGUGCCUGAAACCUAUCACAGUUUCCAAGUUGGAGAUCGGAGUGGGUCGUAUCCAGAUGAACUUCAUCCACCUUUUGAGCACUGAGGCAGUGCAGCACAUCACCGUUCACUGCCUCAACACACCUGUGUGGGCAGAAGGACCCUCCUUAACACCCUCUACCCAGGCUGUGAGCUUCAAGGCCUGGACCGGGGAGAAGAUUCAGGCAGGAGACCUCUUGGAGCCGCUCAUACCCAAAGAUGAAUGCUGGAUAAAAGAUGGCCGCUGGCAUCAGACCCACUUCAUCUUUCAGAGCCAAGACCCAAACUUACUCCCCAUAGUGGAUGUAACCAACCUACCAGCCACAGAAUCUGGUUCACGUUUUCACCUUGAGGUUGGACCAGUUUGCUUCUUGUAGGACCCCCAGUGUGUGUGUGUAUGUAUGUGUGUGUGUAUAUGUGUGUGUGUGUGUGUGUAUGGUGGGGGCCUUGAAUACUCCUCAAAGGAGUGACUACAUUGAGGAUGGCAGACAGGGGAGACUGGUGCUUUGGUGGUUUCACGAACAACCCCAAUUUUCUCUCCACAAAAUAUGCUUGGACUGCAGAAACAGGAGGGGGCGCUGGAGAGGGAAGGCCCAUUGGAAAUGCAGAGAUAAAAUACUUCUGGCACUAAUCAGCCUAUGGAAAAAAAAAUAAAAAUAAUAAGCUUCUUUUUCAGAGACUUGUUUGUGUGAUACAAGAUCUGGAUGCCCUGAAUCGAAGGAAGUAAUAUGAACGUCUCGUUUCCGUCAUCUCUCGGACCAUGUUGUAUCAUAUUCCCUUCACGGUCUGACCUGAUUUUGCAAAAUCCUAGAACAUUUUACAGAAGUGAUGUGUACAGAAACCGUUACAUCUGCAAAUGCAAUAAUUCCAGCUUUCAUGUUUGAAGUAUUAUUUAUACAUGUAUAUGUACUGUAUAUUGUAAUAUAAAGUGCAAUAGUUAUUGAUCCACAGCCUUUACAGUAUAAACAUCAUAUCACUCAUUCAGGUAUAUAGUGUGCCUCAGGCACACAGGCGUACUGCCUCCAGGUAAGUCUUUUUGAGCCUCUAAUAACUGUCCAGUGCUGAGACCCCACAUUUAUACAGAUAUCUUCACACAAACAACUACAACUGCUGUGUGGGAUGUUCCACGUUAAAAAGUGGAUCCGAGGUUUCCACAGUGUGAACAGAGAAAAGUGUGUCAAGAUGCUACCUCGUACUGCACCUCUCAUCUCACAACGAACAAGACGUUACCUGAUAUUAUCUGGGAUGACAAAGAGGUGACACCUGGUGCUGCAACAGUUGACACUUGUACGGUUAAUUCUUGUCAGCUCUCAGCAAAGCUAUGUCUGUGCUUUACUUAAAAGGGAAGAUUGUAUAAUAUGCACACAGGCCAAACUCCUAAAUUAUAUUUUCAAGGUAGCAUAUGUUAACAUUUUCAAUAUUCUUUGUAUGAGUCUGACACUAUAAGUUAAGUUCUUUUUUUUUAUUUGUCAAAAUGUAAAUGUAUAUAAUUAUGCAACCUUUAUUAUCUACAAUGGAUUCUAUUUAAAUUUUAUUUAAAUUCUGAUUAACUUUCCGGUUCAAAACCAUCAAGUUCUUGUUUUCAGCACACUUUUGGUCAUAUGGAGGUUUAAAAAUCUACAGUCUGUAUGUGUUUUUAUACUUAAACUGUUCUGAACAAUCAGCUGUAUUUUAGGACAUAUUUUAUUACUUACUGUUCAUGCAUUUGUCACUAAAAUAUGCAGCAAUGAUGGUUAGUCUCACCAAUCUAUAAACUCAGAGGAUACACAUUAAACUACGGUACAUGGGUUUAGUGUUUGGUCUGUACAGACAUUUUAUGCUGAGUGAAUGAAGUCUUAUGACUCAACAGGUUAUUCAAUAAAUGUCUGAAACCUUUGUUGAAAAGCAGCUUUCUUUUUUUUUUCCUCAAAGAAAACUUCUUAGCAAGGUGAGAGAAUAAAAUGCAUUUAAACUGCCUACUUGUGGCAGUGUGUUUUAGCUCACCUCUAUUCAUUUCACACCUGGAACUAUCAAAUCCUGACAGCUACCACUACUGUAAGAAAAUGUGGGAGAAAAAGUGUGUCCUUGACGUAAUGCCUCGUUUUCCCCCCCAACUUCUGUCUUUCAGUUCAGUUUUAGUGGUGG